GCUGAAGCUGACCGGAGCAUCACGGACUCUCUCUCCCGUAUUUCGGGGGGUAAAUCUGGGGGCCACUUUGCUCCACACCCCGCCCUUCUGUGGCUGAUGGAAACAGACAUCCGUAGAAAUGUGCGCGAAUAUGUUCGGCGUUUUGAAAAGCCUGUUUGGGAAGCCCUUUGAUGGAGGGAAGAGGAUGGACCAUGGCGCCCAGCAACAUCAGCAGCAUCACCCCAUGGAGCAGCAGCAGCAGUCGUACCACCAGCAGCACCCGGCCAUGAUGCGGCUGUACGAGGUCCAGAAGGAGGUUAGGUCCCUGGGGUCGGCGGUCUGCACCUUCAGCGGCCUGCAGCACGACCGCGACUACAAGCGAGUCGAGCGCGAGCUGACGCGCCUGCUGCUGGAGGUGGACAAGGUCGACACGGAGGGCAAACCAGAGCUGCAGGGCGCGGAGAAAAGAGCCGCACAGGAAGUGGAAGGCCUUCUGCGAUACCUGGAGGAGAACGCCACGCACCCGUCCCGCAUCGCCAUAGAAGAUCUGAGCAACGAGGCGCGGCAGCUGGUGGACGACCGCGUGGUGGCGCCUCACGCUCGGGAGGCGUGGCUGAAAAUAAACGACGAGCUGGUGGAAGCCCUGCAGGAGAUAAUCCUGAGGCUCACCCAGGUGAAGACGGAGGGGAGGGUGCCGCUCCGAAAGGCGCGAUACCGGGCGCUGACUCGAAUGUGCGCGGUGCAGGAUGUGGUGGAGGGGCGCACCCAACAGCAGACCCUCUCCCUGCCGCUGUCCGGGGAGACCCACGAGGCGGUGAACCUCAUCAACCAGGUGAUGGUGAAGGUGAGCGUGGCCGCAGUCAUGGUGGCUCUGCUGAUGGGGCUGAGCGGCAGGGACAGCUGCGCUCACCUGUCCCGCAUCCUGACGGAGAUGCAGGUGGAGCUGGAUGCUCUGGAUGUUUCCGGGAAUGCGGCGAUCAGAAACUACAGGAAGCAGGUGGUGGAGGAGAUAAACGGGCUGCUGAAACAUCUGGACCUGGAGGGGGAGGGAGAGGACACCCGCAGAUACGACCUGGGGCAGAACAACUCUAUCCGUGAGAUCGAGGCAGUGCGUGCUCACGUGUUCCACCUGCGAGAGGGCGUCCUGCGGCACUGCAUGAUGGGAGAUCUGAGCUUCAGGCCCAAAGCGGAGCUGCAGAGCCUCCUCACUCACCUGGACCAGGUGGACACGGCCAAGAACCCGUGCAUCCGAGAGGCCCGCCGCCGCGCCGUGGUGGAGGUCCAGGCCAUCAUCACCUUCCUGGACCUCCGCGAGGCUUUAGCGCGCCGCCAGCCGGGCACCGAGCACCCUGCGCACCGGGCCGUGUGGCUGGUGCUCGGCAGCCUCUCGGACCUCCAGGCUCAGGCGCUGGGCUUCGAUGGCAAGCGCAUGGAAAAGAGCUACAUGAUGCUGGAGGAGCUGCUGACCAAACAGCUGCUGGCGCUGGACGCCGUGGACCCGCAGGGCGACGAGACCACCAAGAUGGCGCGGAAACAGGCGGUGAAGUUCGCCCAAAACAUUCUCAACUACCUGGACAUGAAGACGGACGGGUGGGAGUAUUGAUAAAGGCGGAAACACCGGAUGGGACUUCGCUGCAGGAACGAAAGGAUCUGUGUGUAAAUAAAACAAAAAAAACGUAUCAUUCCACGGGCUGUAAAUAUUGACUCCAACCCCCAGAAUGCAUUGCAGCAGCGCUUUUCUUUCAUCUCUUUGUGGUAGUCGUGGCCGAUCCAAGAAGAACACAUUUUAUGGAACACACACUUCAGUGCUCUCUGAAGGUUUUCUUUUUAAAAAUCUCCCUGUACGUGUGUGUGAGGGUGUGUGUGCGAGUUACCGUCCGUCGUACUUGGUGUGUUUGUGUGUGUUAAAGCCUGCUGCCAAAGCUCUUGAAUAAUGCCUGUUCUCGUGGUUGUGUGUGUCCUCCAGACUGCACUUGAUAUUGAUAAAGUGUGAUAGAUUGCGUCGCAGUAGCUUCCCUGUCUGGUCUGGUUUUAAUUUAAGUUGCUGAUGGAGCAUGUGUUAAAUACAGUGACCUAAUUGUGGCUCGUUUCCUGAUGGUUGGAUGCCAAUUUUAGGCAUCAGAAGGAUAGAAAAUAGUCACAUUUUGGAGCAUUUUUUGUUAAUUUCUUGCUGCAGUUUUGUUUUGAAAUCAAGUUUGGUCUAUUCAGAAAAGCAGAAGACGUGAGCAAACUUAAACUUCAGAGAAACUGAAAUUUAUUUGGGGUAUUUUUGAGAAGCAGCAUGAAAAGGCGUAGAUGUGGAGCGGAGGUGUUUCCACACACUGGCAUCGAAGCCAGGUCAUCUGUGUUCAAACAGUUGGAAAUCGUUUGCAUUACGGUCACUCCCCACUGUGUGACCCUGUUGGUUUACCUUCUCCGUAUUUAUCACCCCAGCUGUCGUUGGCAAGCGGUCAAACGACACGCUGAGAUACAGAUAAAGCUAGCUGGAAAAAAUCUGUCAUCUUGUGUGAGAGGAUGUUGGAAAGGUUUCCCCUCGCUGCUCGUGUCGUCUGUCUGGAAAUGUUUGUUGUGACUUUGUGUGGGGCUAUAAAUGGAUCAGGUUUUUUAGAAAUUCAGAGACAGAAGAGGCAGAUUUUUUUUCUUUGCUGCUGCUGCUUUUUGUUUCUACCCACCACUGCUUUCUACUGAGUGACUGUGAGACGUCCCCCAGGGAGAGGGAGGGAAAGGAGGGAGAAAGGGUGAGGUGGUGAUCUACUCUGGAUUGACACAUCAAGGCUGAAUCUCACCCAGCGGUCGGGACGAGAGAGGUGAUGGUGAUCGCAGCCGACACAUCCUUCUAGAAACUUCUCGAGACGGUGGGAGGGGGAGAGAAAGUCCCAAAAAUCUUCGUGCCUUUAUUUUCACCCUUCCCUGUGUACCGGUAGGUUUGUGUAUAGAAAAAGCAGCCUUUGCUCAUUUUGAUAUUUAACGCUGAAGCACCGAAUGUGUUUGUGGAGAGCACCUUGGCUGUCAUCACAACAAGAAAUGUGCACUACUUGUCAGAAAGUGUGGCCCUUUUAGAUUCAGUAUUUGUUCCCCGAUGAUAAACGACUAAAAGGUGAAGUUGUUCUGGUCAAUAAUCUUCUGUAACACAGGAUGACAACGCCUCUUCUGCAGCCCGUGAGUCACGGUGUGAUUUCACACUGCAAGCAGCCACGGGCAGAUCUCUGGCUCUGAAAGCUAUUUGGCAACAUGAGCCUGAAUACAAGAUGACAAAACUAAAUAAUUAGUUCAUUUCUAUACAGCUUCCUGCUGACCUCUGAACAUGUUGUUUCUGAGAAAGUAUUUAGGAAGCCCUUUACUGCCAAUGUGAUGAAAUAUUAAAAGAUUCAGUCAUUAUAAUGAGAAACUCUUCAAAAAAAGGACUUGGUAUCACAAAAUAAUGACUUAAUAUAAAAAAAAUAAUGACUUCAUAAUUAUAUUCCAUUAAUGUAAUAUGUAUACAUCUAAAGUGGGCCAUUCUGCACGAUUGGUACUUUUACUUUUAGUACUUAAACUUGCUUAUGAAUUAAAAAAACCUCAGUAUGGACAUUUCUGAUUGCUGGCUGCUAGCAGUGUGAAACACAAAACAUCAAAUAAAUCCCUGCAAUAACUCGUAAAAUAUGAUUAAAGCAACAAAGCUUAAUGAAAUACCAGCUGCCUAGAAAGACAAUCUGUGUAUUACUGCUUUUUAUACAAAAGACCCCACAAAACCAUGUCCCAGUGAAGACCCACAGACCAGUUUUAUGUGCAUUGAGCUGCAUUUUCUGGCACAAAGCCUGCCGCUCGGCCUCCUGGGUAAUGAGCUGACUCAUACGGGAGGAAAUUCAAUUAAACAAAGUUCAUUAAACAUCAUCAGCCGGCUGCAACAGAUGCUUUCUCCGACCAAACCAACCCGGACACACCUUAAGUUCACAUGCUCUUUUUUGUAUGCAGUAUUAUAUAUAUAUAAAUAAUGUACAUUUAGUUACUGCAUUUCUGUAAAUUGUUCUUAAGCAUUCAUUUGAAGGAUUUAUCAAACGUUUUACACUGUAUAAAGGAAUUAGAUCUUUUUUUUUUGUCUAGUCCGUUCGAUGCCUUCUUUUUUCUUUUUUUUUACUCCGUGUUAGUGAUGAGUGGGCGUUCUGGCAACCAAUAUAUAUUCAGUGGUUGAAAAGUACAAAUGUAGAAAGGAUGGCCGUGAGGUAAAGCACCAUUUUAUAAAGGUUUUGCAAGAGUUUUGUGAGAAAAGGAAGCAAGAAGGCGUCAGAGAAAAUCCCAAAUAUCACCACUACUACUCCUGUUAUUUUGUUCAGUAAAUAUACAGACUGUAGUUUGAAGAUUUACAAAACAAUUGAACGUGUUAGAAAUUGGAUUUGAUAACAGUAAUAUGAUGCAUUUGUGUGGCUGUAUGCGGAAAGGACUUUCAAUUGUCAAGUGUUAUUCAUUCCGUAGGUCAUGUAAACACUUUAGUAUGAAUACGGUCUUUUUUAUUCGCAAAAAUGCAACAUCUUUUGCAUGUAAACAAAGUAAUUUAUGCAUUUUAUAUGAUGGAUCAGACUCUGAUAAACAAAUCAUUAAUAGACACAGCCAUUGACGGUUUUGGGAUUUUCUUGGGAUUGUUUGACGUUUGUUUGAAGAUGAAAAAUGUAAAAUAUUACCGGUUCAGACUCGAUAGUCCUAAAACUGCUUAUAUAAAAAAUACACAGUGUUUAACUACCUAUUUAUUUUUGGUGAAAAGAAAGUGAAAAAAUAUGUCAAUUGUUACAAAAAGUCGCAUUAAUAGGGUCAAUAAAACUGUGGGGAUUAUUAUUACAUUUAAAAAUAUCCUACAAAAGAAGUUACUUGGUCUUGACAGUCUUCUCCACCCAGACAUCUUGUAUACACACACACACGCACGAUGGGCCACUAAAAGCCGCUCGGGGUCGUGCAGACUGUCUAAACUUGGUGGCAUGAGUCCAUUAGUCGGAGAGUUUCAGAGAUUCAUCCCUGGAGGUUUUUCGAGGUGGCUUCUGACGUCAAUCCCUUUACAGGACGAUGCAUGUACGCACAGAGAACAAAGUGGGUGACUUACAGAUUUAAAUAUUUAAUUUUCCUGAUCCUGGAUUGAAUGUAGUCAUUAAGGAAUGUUUUGUUCUCUGGAUUUCAAAGUACCAAAGUUGUUUCAGAAACCUUUAAUGUUCCCGGGACAAUAUGGAGGAUUAUGGUGAUGAAGGAGAAGCUGGAGAGUUGUACGUAUCUGAAAAGCAUUUUGACAGAAUUGGUGUUUAAAGAGCAACUUAACACCACCCAAAAAUGAUGCGUGCUGUGUUUAGAGUGCAAAAAACACUUUUGAGCUUGUUAAGUUGCAUUUUGAAGAUCAGCAGCAAGUUGCACCAGUUGAUUGUAAGUUUGAGUCUAAGGUAAACACUAAAUGCUACAAAAUGUUCAUUUGCAGUAAUGUAAUCUGUCCUUUAGUGCAGGAAAGUAACUGAACAUAACUAUUCCAUACUAUGGUACUUUAUACUCCUACUACACAUAACAGAGGCAUAUUGUGAUUUCACUCCACUAAAUGUAUUUGAGCGCUAACCUAACUCAAAUAUGAUCCAUUUAAACGGAUUAAACCAACCAACAUAAAUAGUUCAAAUGAACCAACAGCAACAUUAAAGUACAGUUUGCAUAUCAAUGCGUUAAUAAUAAUGAUCCAAUAUUAUAAUAUUAGUCGACACGCAUGAAUUGUGCAUCAUUUGCAGCUGCUAUAUGACCCUGAUUCAUAAAACAUGUAUGCACUAAAGAUUUAACAACCAAAACACACCCAUACAGUCUUGCAGCUGAGUACAAUCAGCCCUUUUUUUUGCAAAAGGAGAUCGACGUAAUCAUUUGUUCAUUCUUUCAUAUAAUAACUUUAUUUUUUCAUUCCUUUUUUUCAUGUAUUUUUCCAGAAAUAACCUAUUUUUAACACAAAUGUCAUUUCAUCCUGUCACUGCAUCCCAUGAUAAAUUGAGUUUGAGCAGACACCAAUUUCUAAAUGUGCUGCCAGCUCUUUGAUGACACUAAUACUUUCACUGUAACUGUAUUUGUAUCAGAGCUGAUGUUUGUUCAUUGGAGCACUGAGGCUCAUUUGCAUAAAAAGUAGCCAAUUAUGCACCAAAUGUAUACAUGUUACAUGAUUUAAAUUGUGCUGGAGCUUGGCAGUGCAGUUGCUAAUACUUCUGUACUUUUAAUUGAUAUUCUGAAUGCAAGACCUUUACCUGUAACAGAGUAUUUCUACACUGUGAUAUUUUACUCAAGUAAAGGAUUUGAAUAUUUCUUCCACCAGUGCUGUAUACUUAUGCAACAAAUAUGAAUACUACUGCAACAUGUAUGUAUUCUCUUUCCAAGCCUCUCUUAUAUUUGUCAGGAUUCCUCACACAUCCUUUUGUUAUUGACAAAAUAGGCUAGCUGUUUCCACUCGUUUCCAGUCUUUGUGCUAAGCUAAGUUAGCCCGAUGCUAAUUUAACUUGAAAGUGAUAUCUUUGUAACUUUCAACAAAGAAAAUUAAACCGAAAAUGUUCCCCCAAAAUUUGUAAUUUAAUGAUAAUUUCAUAUUAAGCGUAUUUGUGAAAACCUGUUUUUACUAACAAUUUAUAGCGAUAAUUCUUCUUAGAUCAGACUUUUCACUUACUGGUGCAACAUCCCGCUCGAUCGUACCACACAGGUCAAAGGUCAAUUGCUUGGUUAUGGAAAUAUAUGAAAAUAUGUGACCAAUAUGAUGGGUGGAUGAUGUAGUAGAAAUCCACCAGGAGGUAGAAAAUCUUGCUUAUUAAGCUUAAGAAAAUAUUUAUUUUAUUUAAGCACACUUUUCAUGUUCCUUAGUUACUGUCUGUUAUAACUGCUCUGCCUUUCUUUCUGCAAAAUGACAGGAAUGUGUUCUGUGAUGAAAAAAAAGGGUAUAAUAUUUCAUUUAUUUUUCCAAAAUCUGUUCUCUUAAGUCGCCUUUAACUGCAUUGAUUGUGACAGGCUUUUGCUGUUUCUCCCUUUCGAGAUAUGCGCUUGUACAAAAAGCACACUGAGACUUUGUGUGAAUGCUCCCUGGAUGGUUGUGUUUGGAAUUUGUAUUCCCUCUGCAAAAUAAAGACGGCGUGUCUUGAUCAGUGUUA